UAUCAUGCUUGUGCUAAUGAAGACACGCACAAGUGUGACAAGUUUUGUCCAGUAGCAAUAAAUUGAAAUAACAUUUAAGUUUGUUCUAAGGGGGUGCAAACUUUGGAGCAAUACAGUAAUGGUGUUAUUAUUGUGCAAUUCCUAGUGGUUGCUUAUUUAAGUGCAGGAAUGAAGGUUUGUUGUCUGACCUCAGCAGAGACGUCCCGCCCUCUCCUCCAGAGCGUGUGCAGUUCGGCCCCUCCCCUCCUGUCACCUUUCAGCCCUAACGACAUGAAAACAAAACAUCACGCACAAGCACACAAGGAAGUCAGCACCAUUUUACUGGUGGUCACAGUGUGUCUGUGGAGUGUUACAGAGCAAUGUAGGGGUGCUGUUCCACAGGAAUAAGCUGCGAUGGUGCGGAGCAAUGUGUUCCCACCGAGCACAGUCAACUAUCUCAUUAGCGAGAGCUUUCUAACAGUGAAAGGCGCCGCACUCUUCCUCCCAAGGGGAAAUGGCUCCUCGUCAUCAUCAAUCUGCUCCUCGCGGAUCACAGGACAGCGUAGCAAACAUGCAGGAGAUCUUCAGCUGCACCUGCAGACCAUGUUCACUCUGCUACGUCCAGAGGACAACAUCCGUCUGGCGGUGCGGUUGGAAAGCGUGCACCCUCAGUGCACACGCUACAUGGUUGUAGUGACCACAAAUGGACGGCAGGACACUGAGGAAAGUGUAGUUCUGGGCAUGGACUUCAGCCCCUCAGACAGUUCCUGUUCAAUAGGCCUGGUGCUUCCUCUGUGGAGUGACACAUUGAUACAUUUGGAUGGAGAUGGGGGGUUCAGUGUGUCCACAGAUAACAGGAUCCACGUUUUCAAGCCCGUCUCAGUCCAGGCCAUGUGGUCAGCUCUGCAGUCUCUCCAUAAGGCAUGUGAGGUAGCACGCUGCCAUAACUACUUCCCAGGCAGCCUCUUCUUGACCUGGGUCAGCUACUACCAGAGCCGUGUAUCUUCAGACCAGGCCCACAUCAAUGAGUGGAACGCCAUGCGGGAUGUGCAGUCGCAUCGCGCUGACUCACCUGUGCUCUUCUCUGAUGUGCCAACAGAGCGAGAGAGAACAGAGCGACUGAUCAAGACACGUCUGAGAGAGAUCAUGAUGCAGAAAGACCUGGAGAAUGUCACAUCUAAAGAGAUCCGCACAGAGCUGGAAAUGCAGAUGGGGUGUAACCUGCGAGAGUUUAAAGAGUACAUUGAUAAUGAGAUGAUUGUCAUCCUGGGUCAGAUGGACAGCCCCACUGAGAUAUUCGAGCAUGUGUACCUGGGUUCAGAAUGGAACGCGUCUAAUCUAGAAGAGCUACAGAACAGCGGGGUUCAGUACAUCCUCAACGUGACACGGGAGAUUGAUAACUUCUUCCCCGGUCUGUUUGAGUACCACAACAUCCGCGUGUACGAUGAAGAGGCCACAGAUUUGCUGGCGUACUGGAACGACACGUAUAAAUUCAUCUCCAGAGCCAAGAAAGCAGGAGCCAAGUGUCUGGUGCACUGUAAGAUGGGCGUGAGUCGCUCCGCCUCCACUGUGAUAGCAUACGCCAUGAAGGAGUAUGGCUGGGAUCUGGAGCAAGCCUUCGACUAUGUCAAAGAGCGCCGUGCCGUAACCAAGCCCAACCCCUCUUUUAUGAGGCAGCUAGAGGAGUACCAGGGCAUCCUGUUGGCCAGCAGGCAGAGGCACAACAAGUUGUGGCGUUCCCAUUCGGACAGCAACCUGUCUGAGCACCAUGAGCCGCUGGUUAAAGCUCUUGCGGCGCAGUCGCUGGGCCGCUCCAACCCCCGAAACCAGAGCGGCAACCAGACAUCUCCGUCGCUGCAGGAGCUGCUCCAGACUCUCAACCCUUCCUCGGCCCGUGCAGCAGGACAAAAGGACUGCGAGUUGGAGAUGCCUUUCACAAAUGGGCUAGAAAACUCUGAAGAAAGCCUUGCUACUGAGGAACCAUCCCUGCUCCCUAAACCCCGAGCAGCUACGGUUUUGCCUGGUGCCCGACCCAGUUCGGUACCUGUAAACAUGGCAGAAAUGGUCUCGGUGAGCCGGCCUCAUCCACCCGCUGCUCUUCAUCACCCUGCCUCAUCGCCUAAGCUUCACCCAGAUGCAGAGGCCAAACCACUCAGCCACGAGCAGACAGAGGUGGGCUCUCCUAACAGAACAGGGUGUGUUAGGAGUAAAACCCCUGAGUCAGGCAGACAAACCCCAAACUCCUCCUCAGCUGCAGGGCAGCACACACAGGUGCCUGAACUUAGGCAGAAAUUCAGCCAGCAAGUGCCUGACGCAGCUGUGGACUGUGCAGGGCUAGGUCACGCCAAGGACAAUAACCACCACCAACACCCCAGUGCCACAACACAGGAAGAGGGCCUUUCUGCCUCACCUCAGUCAGCUCUGAGCUCCGACCGCAUCGAUUUCUUCAGUGCCAGAGAGAAAUUCCUUGGCCUCUCUCAGGAGGCGCAAAGCCGUGGGAGUCCUGAGCAGACGCUCAGAGACAAAAGCCCAAACCAGGAGUUGAAGCUCAUGUUUCCUGAGCACCCUGUUAAAGGGGAGGAGGAACAGAAAAAGGAGAACUACAGUGUUUUGGUUUAUAACACGGUCUCAGAAUUGGAGUCCACAAGGCCCAGCAUACCUCCUCCCCCUCCUCCUGCCAGCCAACCUGAUUCCAGUAGCUUAAAGGAGGAGGAGGAGCUAGUAAAAAACUCACCAGAAGUGGAGAAGGUGGAGAUCGGAGAGGCCCACCAAGGUGAUUGGUCAAAGGGUACAGUGUGGCGAGCCACCAGGCAGCUAGAACAGAAGAUGAAGCAAGAUGUUUCAUCGUCACCGCUGCUAUCAAGUGCUCUCGGCUGUCCUUCACAGCGUUCCGUUGUUAGCACCAGCAGCAGAGACAGAACUGAGAACACUACUUCAUCUCAUUUAGACCUCUUCCUUGAUUCGAGCACUGUGCCAGUCAACCACCAUCAGCCUGAGGAAAUGUUGGAGGUAAAUGUGGAGAAGGAGGGACAUUCACCUGUAGCAGAAGAGAUUGGGAAAGGAUGCAAAAUAAGACUCAGGGAAGAAGAGCGUGGACACACUGGAUUUCUAGAGACGGACAUGAGCCUCUCACACCUGAAGCAAAGCCAUUCCACUCCAUCGAGGUCUUCUUCAGAAGCUGUUUUUAAGUUAGAGGGUGUUACAGAGAAAGAGACCAGCACUGACUGCCUUUCACAAGACCAUCUGAGGGAGAUGUGGGAGACUCUGAGUCAGCUUGGUGCGUUCCUCUGCCAGGUGAGCAGCGGAUCAGACAAGAGGCUCAGCCACCCAUGGGCUGCAAAAGAACAGAAAAGAGGGUGGAUUGUUCAAGAACGAGCCAGAGAGGUAGAGGCAAGAAUGCGUCAAGCUGGUCUGACCCCGCCAUCACUGAUCAAGAGAUCAGCCUCCCUGGCUAAGCUAGGCUCCCUCGACUUGUCAGCUAAUGAUCUGAACGAACUGGAGCUGAGUCCUGCGUCAUCAUCUCCGUGCACUGCAAAGCCACGCCCUCACUCUUUUACCGAUGAUACCUCAAAAAAGCAGCGGUUUCUACCCAGGCGAACACCCUCUCUCCCUCCCUUUUGCACAUCUCGCCUUCCUUCUACUGGAUCGCACUUGGAUAAAAGGUUGGAAAACUGCCAGCCUGGAGAAGUACAGCACAAGGUCUCCAUGCCACUGCCAGUCUCGCCAUCAUCCAAUGAGUGCUGUAGGCAAGGAAAGAUCCCAGAUCCAACACACGCUCCAGUGCCAGCGCUUGCCUUAAUAUCUGUGGAGACACGGCAACAGUACGGGAGAACUCAUCCCUUGAGGAGGCUUAAAAAACGAACCUCAAACUCCUAUUAUCACACCAUGUGACCCAGGCUGUUCUUUUUUUCUUUUUUUUAAGUGUGUUUGUGCUACGUGCAUGCUUUUUUUUCCACACAUACCUCAGUGGGCCUUACAAAACCAGAAAUAAAACAAAACUGCUGGGUGGCUUUGUAGCCUAUAGUCAGAUACACAAUAAAGAGCACAAAGUUAGAGAUUAGAGAAGUUACUGGUCUUUGUGAUGGGGUUGAUGGGGCAGGUUUUAAUCCCAGACCCAUCAGCAAUGAAGAGCAAUUCUGUUAAAAAGUUUGAUGACUGAUUCACACUUUGCACAAUAUCUGUCAAAUGGUUUAUUACACACAAGUGAUAAACGUAUAGUUUCCUCUCAGCCUGCAGUAUCGUACUGCAGAAUGCUCUUGAACUGAAAUAGAUUCUCCAUUGUCAGGGGAUUUAGUGUGUGUGUGUGUGUGUGUGUGUGUGUGUGUGUGUGUGUGUGUGUGUGUGUGCGCGCGCGCAAUAUAAAGAGACAUGGAUGAAUAAAUGUUAAAAUACAUUCAGAUAUGUAUGUAAUGUAACUGAGUGCAAAGUUUUUAUGGAUGUCUGAUUAGUGUGCAUGUUAAGCUCAAUUAAACAUGGGAUAAGUCAUGUGGUACGUAGAAUGUAGAUCUCUGGGCUUAGUGGAUAUAUGUAUAGAUUCAUUUUUAAGGGAUGUGUAUGACUGUAUAUGUAAAUGUGUGUGUGCACCUUUUCUUUCCAUGCUCAAUUCUUAAGUGCAGUUUCUCCUUUCUGAGUUUUUUGUUUAGUAAUAUAUAAACAAACGUGAGGGAGUUUUUAAUAUGCACUUUAUCUUUUUUUAUUAUGUUUUACAUUUUUUAAUCUGUGGUUUGUAAUCUGGACGCAUGCUGGCUGAGUGUGUAUUUAGGGUCGCCUGUAUGAUGCAAUGUGCAAUUUAGUCUUUAUUUUUCUGUUCCUUGUAAAACUGGAUUCUUUAUACUCUGCUUAAACUGUGACAAUUAAAGAACAUUUCAGAAAAUA